AAUAAAAAAGUCUAUGGCAAAGUGUUUGUGAAAUGGCGAAGCUGUAUUUCUAAAAGAUCAAUUUAAUUUUUUAGCAAAUGUCGCUUUACUAUGUUGAUGUAUGAUGUAAUUUUAUAAAUAUAAUAUAAUUUGAUAAAAAUUGGCACACCAAAUUCAUUACAAAGAGUUUGCUAUUAAUGGACAGAAUUUAUAAUAUGUGAAAAGGAACAAUUUGAUAAAUUUUAAGUAUUGGUUUACAUUUUUCAGACUUAUAUUUAUUUACAGGAAAUGGCAGUGAAUAACAAUGGCACUAGUGUAGCCAGUGGCACAUAUGACACAAAAAUAGCGGGAUUAUAUGACUUACUUGACACUCUUGGUUCAGGACAUUUCGCUGUUGUAAAGCUAGCUAGGCAUGUCUUUACUGGAGAAAAAGUUGCAGUGAAAGUGAUUGACAAGAGUAAAUUGGAUGAUGUAUCAAAGUCCCAUUUAUUUCAGGAGGUUCGAUGUAUGAAAUUGGUUCAACAUCCAAACGUCGUACGCCUAUAUGAAGUAAUAGAUACACAAACUAAGCUAUAUUUAAUUUUAGAAUUGGGAGAUGGUGGUGAUUUAUAUGACUAUAUCAUGAGACACGAAUCUGGUCUUUCUGAAUCUCUAGCACGUGAUUAUUUCAGACAAAUAGUUCGUGCAAUCUCGUAUUGCCAUAGAUUACAUGUUGUUCAUCGAGACCUCAAACCUGAAAAUGUAGUUUUUUUCGAAAAAUUAGGACUAGUCAAAUUGACUGACUUUGGUUUUAGCAAUAAAUUUUGUCCAGGUCAGAAAUUAGAGACAUCCUGUGGUUCACUUGCUUAUUCAGCUCCUGAAAUAUUGUUGGGUGACUCUUAUGACGCUCCUGCUGUGGACGUCUGGUCUCUCGGCGUCAUUCUCUACAUGUUAGUAUGUGGACAGGCUCCAUUUCAGGAAGCCAAUGAUAGUGAAACUUUGACAAUGAUAAUGGAUUGUAAAUAUACAAUUCCUUCACAAAUUUCAAAUUCAUGUAAAAGACUCAUUGGAAGAAUGUUAGUGAGAGAACCAGAGAAACGGGCGUGCCUAUCCGAAAUCGCCACAGAUCCUUGGGUCACUGCAGGUGAAGGUGUCACCAUAGAAGACUUCGAUACGCCGCUCGUUGCCAAAGAACAAUUAACUGAUGAGGACCGUUCAGCUAUAAUUCAAAGAAUGGUUAGUGGCUCGAUAGCCACCAAAGAAGAAAUAUUGGAAGCUCUGGAUAAAAACGAGUACAAUCAUAUAACGGCAACUUAUUUUUUACUCGCCGAAAGAAAGCUGAAAUCAAAUAGGUCGGAAGCGUUGCGUAGACAAGAGGGUCCGCGUCGUCCCGAGGCUCUGAGCGUGCAGCGCGCCGCCCCGCAGUCCUUGCUCGCGCCCCCCGCGCGCGCCCUCGCACCGCGCACGCCACGGACGCCGCAGGACGUCCCACCGAGGUCUAGAAAAUGCAGUAUAGUAAGAGAAGAAGAUGAUGACGAGGAGAGCGCGGUCCCGGGCGGUUGCGGUGCGCGGGACGGAGACACGCGACGCGGCUCUCGCUCCGAGGGACGUCUGCAUCUCGCAGCCAGGCUCGUGCCGUCCGCGCAGCCCUCCCACCGCCCCGCCCUCUUAGCGGAUAACCUCACAAAGGUGAAUUUGGAUGAUGAAGGUGGCGGGAUCGCAACGCCGGCACCGAGAGUGCCGCCGCCGGCUCCACCUCCCGCACGCCGGAACCGAAUAGAGUGUCGCCGCCGAAGACCUCGCGCCGGCUCUUGCUCCUCGUCUGACUUAUCCGAUGACGACUCCGAGAAAAAGAAGCGCGCUGCCGAACGAGCCGACGUCGCACUUGAUGGUGCUCGCCGAGAUUCUCAUGACGACUCCAGCGACAGUCAGGAGCGAGGGGCCGGGGCCGGUGCCGGGGCGGUCGGCGGCUCCGAGGCGGGAGCGCAGGCCGCCGGCGACGGCACGUCAGCCGCGGGGGGGCGGGGCGCGAGGGGCGGGGACGCGGGUGGGGACGGCAGGGCGGGCAGCGGGGCGGGCACGGGCCGGCGCCGCCGCACCUCUAAGCAUGAGAGUCGGCUCCGCGAGUCGCGGUCGUUGAACCGCAUCGCGGAGGUGGAGGAGGCGGGCGGCGCGCGGUGGUCUCGCAGCGGGCUGGUGUCGCUGUGCGGGCGCCCGCUGCUCCGACUGCUGGCGGCGGCGCGUCCCUCUCCGUCAGCGCGCCGGUUGCACGGACUGUGUUAGCGACUCCGCUGGUCUAUAAAGUCCCUUUCAGUUUAAACGUAUUGAUUUAUUUCGUCUUUGAACUUGAGCAUCUGUCGAGUCUGUCCGUGAAGCAUGGUCCGACGCCAGCGACCGAACUGACCUGCGUAACGUUUCAGACAUGAAACAGAAACUUGAUUUUUAAUGAAAAAAAAACCACAUGCUACAUUUACUAUGUCUUUAAAAGGCAAAAAAAUACAGUACGGUUUGUACGAUUCAUGAACGUUUGUUCAUUUUGUAUAACGAAUUAUAGAAGUCGGUCGCAGUUUUGCCAUCGAGCUACUCGUUGGUUCGUUCGACUAUAUUUCACAGGUGACGACAGGGUUUUUGGACUUCUACUUUGAUUGAAUAUUAUAAAUACAAUCUUUAUAAAGCUCGUGCUUAUAAAAUCUGCAAUAUUUGUACAUAUAUUCUGAAACACCUGUUAGGUGACAAAUUUUAAUUUUAUUGAACAUUUUCCUAUAAAAAACUACAAUAGGAUUUAAAUAAUUCACCUUGAUUAUUUUUUAAGCUAUUUUUCAUAAUUAAUUUACAGGUGUGACAAAAAGUUGCAAUAAUAAAUACUAAAGGCAUAUAUUAUAUGUUCAAUAAUUAUUAUUAUACAAUAUUCGAUGCCAGUACCAUAACUUUGUAAGGUGGCUGAUAGCAAAGUUAAGAUUAUUUUUUUACUAGAGUUUUAUUUAUUAGAGAGUUUAUACAUAUUUGAAUUAAAUUAAAAGUGCAAAAUAGUAUUCAGAGGAUUGGAACAUGGUGAUAUGUUGUAUCCAAACGUUGUUUGGCGAAGUGUGACGUCACUCUGAAGGAACAUUUUUUAUUUUAAUAUUCUCCAAUACUUUCUAUCUAUAUAAAUGUCUUAUAAGCCCAUGCCUCUAAAGUCUUUAUAAAUAUAAAGUUUCCAAUAAGUAUGUACGGAAUCCGUCCAUUUUUUUCUUUAAUUCACAAUAAUACAUUUGGCCUGUGAAUAUUAUUGCACCCUGCGUUAUACCUGUAUAAAUAUCAUUUUUGAGAUUAUUACUUAAUAAUUUAAUGUUUUUUUUUAUGCAAAAAAUAUAUACCCAUGUAUUUGUGUUCUAUUAGAUGUCAAUCAAUUUAAUGUUCUUUUAUAUUUUACGGGGAUGUUUCUUGUUUAUAAAGAAUGUUAAUUCGCAGAACUGUAAAGUCAUACGUCAACAAUAAUUACAUACAAACGUGAAGCUGCAUAUUUGUUAUGUUUAACAGUUGCUGUUGAUUUAAAUGAUAUUGAAUUGAAAAAUAUAAUUUAAUAUUAUAUAUUACAAAGAAAUGAAUCAGUUAUAGCUGAUGUAUAUUUCCAUUUAUGUUAAAUUUUAUUAAAUGUUUUUUGUAUUCGUAAAUAUAAUUAUUUUUACAAGGUUUCAUUGUAUAAUGUAAAAAAUUCAUUCAAGAGUAGGUUUUUGCAAAUUGAUUCGUUACGAUAUUCCAAUAUCGUAAAAAAAUUGACUUUGCUUUGACAUUAGCUUCGUCGUCUGUCCAUCUACCGCAGCAAAUAAAUAUGUAUAGAGGAUUUUGCAUAUGUUUAAAGAAUUUUGGAUUAAAAGCGCCGAGGCCCCGAACUAAUAAUAAAAAUAUUUUAUUAGAUUUAUUUCAGUCUUGACGUGUUCAUAAUAUAACUAGAUGAUGACUCGGUUUUUUUUUUGAUAACGCCAUCUUGUUGUGUCUUUAAUGCGGUUAGUUGCCCUCAAUUAAGAAAAAUAGUAUUAUUAUUCGCCAAUAGAUGUCGGGAAGAGUUGAUUAUUGAAAUUCACGAAUAAAACAACAUUUUCUGAAAAUAAAUCGUAGCUAGAUCGAUUUAUCGCCCCCGAAAUCCCCUGUAUACUAAAUUUUAUGAAAAUCGUCGGAGCCGUUUCCGAAAUUCAGAUUAUAUAUAUAUUUAUAUACAAGAAUUGCUCGUUUAAAGGUAUAAGAUAAAUAUCACUGUUUGGUUACUGGCGAUACGAUGAAUUCAAAAAGUUAACGGAGACUGUAUUUACUGAAUGCUUACUAAUCUAUUGAUAAAUGUGUGUAAUAACUUGAAUAACUUACCUUUGUAAUGACUGAUUUGACCAAGCAAAUUUAAUGAUUGUAUAGUGUACCUAAUAAUAUAAUAUCAAUGCAUUUUUUAGUCCGAUCCUUGAUAGAUUCGCAUUUUAUAUAAUUGUUAUUAAGAAUUAUUAAUUGAGAUUACGCGUCAGGUGCUACCCGAACUAAAUUUGUGAACAUUUUGACAUAAACGUUAUGAAAUAGGUAUAAAUGUUCCAAUUAUUUAAAAUUAUUUACAAAAUUUAUUACAUUCUAGAUUAUGUUUUAAAAUAUUUUAUUAUAAUAUUAUAUUAUAUUAUAUAUAAAUUAAUUUUUGCACUUAAAUAUUAUUUGGUACUUGAGUUGCGUGCUGUUGUUCACAAAUCGUAAUAAACAAAUGGAUGCAGAAAUUACCAACGUUAGUCUGACGUCACAGUAUACCUUUAAUUAAUAUCUUUUUGUAAUGAUUUUUGGGAAAACUGUACAUCGCUAAAACAAGGGAUAUACAUAAAAUACUAUGCUAAAAGCCUAUACAAACUAUGACUAGUACAAAGGGAUCAGUGGGAAUGAAGUUGAAUUGUAUUGGAUUACUUGUUUCUCUUUUUGAUCCGUAACUAAUGAAGUUUGUGGAAUAUUAAAAAAAAAAAGUCGAUAAUCAUGACACCGCUUCCACGGCGAACUCGUCUGCCCUACUAGAAUAAAAUCAAUGAAAAUAGCACAGUAGUCGCGUGAGACACCUCAAUAUAUAAAUUAAAUUUCGUUAAAUAAACACCGCCAAGUCUAUACUUGAAAUAGGUAUUGACAUUACAUCGCAUCCAUCCACAGUAGCAGUAAAACGAGAUGCCCUAUUUUCUCCAAAUCAAACGUUCUUGUGAUGUUUAUCAAUCCCGUGUUAUCGUUAUCAUUUUGCUUAUAAUACAUAACUUUUAUGACCUUUUAUAUUCCUGUCAUCAGUGUGCUUAGUGCGAGUUUUUUAACGCUCUCGAUAGCGUAAAAGUUAACUUAAUUUAUAUGCAGUUGGAUCAGCGCCCCUAGCGGCAAACGCAGGCAAACGUUCCAAUUGCAUACAAAAUCGAGUUAACUUUUACGCUAUCGAGAGCGUUAAAAAACUCGCACUAAACACACUGUAACUUUUCUCUUACUUUGUUCGGUUUAUGCAAAUUCACAAAUAAAUCUCCACGAAAAUCCAUCUACGCACACGCACUACCCAAAAGCACGGAUUUCCGUCUUUUUACACCUCUAAUAAUUAAGUUAGCACCUUUUUUGCGCCGAUUAAUUGCCCUACAGCACAUUUAUUUUGAAAAAUACUCGAUUUCAUAUUUAAUCCAUAUAACUAAAAAUCAAUGUUCGCUCGUUGUCUUGGACCACUUCUGUAUUUCUCGAUUUUAUCAUCACCCCGUGCUCUUUAUCAUUUGACAGCCUCCGUUGAUACUGUUGUAUCCAAAGACCGCUUCGCCGGUUAGGUAGACCUGUUUAAUGAUUUCCCUUAUCUUAAACCCCCAUUUGCAUCCAAUGAAACGCCCAUUUUUUUUUGUCAUGGACUCUUAUCAGUGUAUGGACUUAGAUUCAUAAUGAAUAUUGCCCGGCAUUUCGAACAAAUACGCUACCUGCCCGGCAUAUAAAAAUAAUUUUAAUAUCGUGAAAAAUGGAUGCUUUACUUACUUUGCCCUAUAUUAAUCUUUUGAAUUCUCUGUAAGUGGAUCAAUAAUGGGUAUAAUGUUUCAAGAUCGCAAAAUGUUUGUGGGAGAUCUGUGACGUCAUCGCUGCGCUCUAUAGCUCCUAGGUCUUUAGCUGAUUAGUUGACUUUAUUUGUUUAAGUUUUGUUAACACAACACUUAACCCAAACCGGGACAUUUUAUUCCUAAUAUUUAACUGCCCUUUAGGUCUUGAUAAAGUAUCCCUUCACUUAUCUAAAUUCCAGAACACAUUCAGUAUAUCUAUUAUUACAAUGUUACGUUUAAAAUAUAAUUCUUGUAUAGUAGUAAGGGCUGUUUGUUCCCCAUUUCACAGUAAAUGUUUUCUGCUAACGAUUAACAGAUUUUGGAAUGCGAGUGUUGCGUGGGAUAUAUUAUAAAUAUAUUUAAACCGAUGUACUCUUAUAGUGCCAUUUGUAUGUAAAAAAAGCUUCAAAUUUUAGGGGAAUUAGAAGAAAAAUAUUUAUAACCUAGUCUUAUAGGUGAAGGUACAGUAAAACCGCAGUUACAAAAGCAAAAAAUUAAAUUUGGAAAUAUCAUAAUUAGUAGGUACUUACGUAAUACUGACAACGUUUUUCGUUUCUCCUUAUCAAUAAAAAGCGUAUUAAUAUGCGAGAAUGGCAUGCAAUCCAUGUUUACUGAUUAAAAACUCGCGAUCCGUGACUAAUAAUCACGUUUGUUUUGGUUUUUAGAUACGUUCUCGGCUUACCUUAUAGCCCAGAAGCAUUCGUAUGCCCUAAUGACAUAAUAUAAUAACUGUUUUUAUAUCUAAAACUAAUUUUUGGUCACCGUAAUAGCUUGUAUCGCCCCAGCACAUUGACAUCGUUAACAGCACGGAAUUAAGUGGCUCAAAUUAAAAUAAUGCAUUGUUAUUAUAAAUGUAAAUUAUAUAUGCACGCGUUUGCAACAGAUGCAAAGCUCUGUGUGCUUAGUGCGAGUUUUUUAACGUUCUCGAUAGCGUAAAAGUUAGCUCAUAUUUGUAUGGAAUGGGAUCGUUCGCCUACGUUUGCCGCUAGGGGCGCUGUUCCAACUACAUACAAAAUUUGGCAAAAUUUUACGCUUCGAGAACGUUAAAAAACUCGCACUAAGCACACUGAUUACGUUAAUAAUAACACCGGUAAUAUUAUAUUCACAGUAAUGUGCCAUGCCAGUUCUAACGUUUUAAAAUAAUGAUAACCACAGUUUAAUUUAACAUAUUUUUAACCGAUACCAGAAACUCAGUUGUAUGAAUUUUUUGUGGACCUACGUGAUUUUGAAAAUAUUUUUAUUCUUUUCAAGGGUAUACUCACGAGAUGGGCUAAUUGUUAAAUCUUAUCGAUAAAUUUCACUCUUGAAAUCGAUUUGUUUCUUUUUUAAAUUAUAAUCAUAUUAAAUUGUAUUUUAAUUGAAUGGAGAAUAUCAAUUUCGCAGCUAAUUUAAAAAAUCAUUUCAUUGUAGCAAUUCUCUGUACCAUUAUUAUGAAACCUUUUGAGUAGUUGAUUUUAUAAAUGUUUUACAAUAAAAAAUCUACGUGUAAAUAAAAUAAUUAUUGUUGUAAAUAGAUAGUUUAGCUUUAUCGUUGUAAAUUAUCAUAAUAGCACUUUAAACAUCAAUAUAAUUUAUUGCCUUAACGUUGUUAAUUAUCACGACAAUGUAUUUUUUACGGAUAAAUUUAGUUUUUGGCGCAAUUUUGUGCUUUAUUUCGCAAUAAUAUGUCUUGACCAAAGAUAAGGUGUGAAUGUGUUAAAUGAUUCCUAAUAUUUGAUGUGCUGUUUGGUGCCAAGUUAUUUGUCUAGAUUAAUUUAUAUAUUAUACAAAAGUCUAUCUACUUAGAUUAUAAAUUAUGAUUUUAACUCGCAUCUGUUAUCUAGCGAAUUAUUCGAAGCGGGUGCUUUUUUUAUCUGUGAUUAGUUUCAAUAAUAUCUAAACCUGUUAUUAAUAAUCACUGCGAUUUUUUACCAGUAAUAUAUCGUGUAUUGCAUCUUCCGAUCAGGUUUGAAGCUAAAUGAUAAUGUAUAAGACAAGGCACGAUGUAACUAUUUUUAGGUUACUUGCACAGAAUUUAAAUAACAAUACGAUCGACCGUAAAGUGUCAAUAAAUACUUAAGUAUUACAAAGAGGCAUUACAGGUAAUUACUCUUUACAUCUAGAUGUUUUUUUUGUUUUUUUUUGAUAAUUGUUUUGUCUAUAGUUGUCUGUUACUGGCACUAAGAUUUUAGGUCAUUAAAAUAAAAUCGCGCGUGUAUCAAACAACGCACCAAGAAGAGCUCCGAACUGAAAGUGAAUGGUAAAAUUAAAUAAUUUUAUAGUUUUCAUUACUUUCAUUAAUAGCCUUUGCCGUACCACAAAUAUGAAUAUGAAUAGUACAUACCCACCAUUCAUAUUCGUGCUUAUGUAUUGCAAUUUAUUUAAAACAUAAUAAAUUUCAUGCAAAAUCGGCUCUUGGGUUUUAAAUAUAGUUUCAAUCCGUAGAUAACAGAUGAGUUUGUAAACAUCAUUUUAGCGCGUAUUUUGUUGACUACGAAGUAUUGUACUUAAAGGUAAAUUCGAACCUCACUAUUGCCAUACUAACUGUGGUAACUGGUAAGCUCAGGCCACUUUUGCGUUAACGGCCUCAUAAAGUUUUUAUUUAUUAUCAUGUUGACUGCCACGUAGGGCAUCGGUGACCUACAUGGCAGUCAACAUGUUAAUGAAUAAAAACUUAUAUGACUACUAUGUCGAUUUCUCUCUUCGAUCUUCUAAGAGACCGGAAUAUCUAGUAGUCUCCGGGAAAGAUGAAUCCGAAGAUACUGAGAAUGGAUUUAUUUCUAAGAGACCUAAAAGAUAUACAUUAAAAACAAAAGAAGGCAAAGUUAGGUAAUCCAGAAGCUUAGUAACAGAACGUAGGGCACUGGUGACUGCCAUGUCGCAGUCAAAGUAUUAAGAUUGAUUACUUCAAUAAUAAUCGUAAUGUAACGUAACGUUACGUAAUGAAACGAAAUUUGCCAAAAUCUCAGCCUUGCCGCCUUGACACUUUACUGUCGGUAGUAUAGAUUAAACCCAAAUAAAAACACAUUUUACAUAGUACAAGUUCGAUGUUCUUUGCCUUAUGUUUCUUUCGUUACGUGUUCAAUUUCACAAGAUGAACUCUAAUUUAAAAAUGCUUCGAUGUAAAACUCCUUCAGUAGGUAGGCGUUUUGUAGAUACACUAAAUUUACUGUUCUUUUGAGCACAGGUAUGGUAGUAUUUCUUUAUUUUUCAAAGAGAAACGUUUAAAAAUGUAAGAGCUGCUUUCGUAUCUUACUGUUGAUUUGAAAUUGUAAUUAUUAUAAUUUGAUUUAAUAUAAUUGAGAGACAUA